AUGGGAAAAAACCCAUCAACAACAAUCAAUAUGAGUCCGCCUAUUUGUAAAGUUACUGCUGAUGUUUUAUCAUCAGUUUCAACAAAUCAUACUAGUUCAAGUCAACAAAUUGUUAUAGAUACAAACUUAUUUCAUUCAUCAAUUUCAAUAAAAGGCAAUAAUAAAGUUUUCUCAUCUAGUGAAUUAUUAUCAAUACCAAGAAUCAAUAAUAACAGUGAAGAUUAUAUAAUUGGUUCACAUGUGAUUGUCAACAUCGAUCAUUCUAUAUAUAAUAAAUCAGGUACUAUUCGUUUUAUUAAAGAAAUUUCUAUUAAAACAGGUAUUUGGUAUGACAUUGAACUUGAUGAAUCGAUUAACAUGUUAAAUAUUUAA